GUGUGGUAGGUUGUUUGACGCAGAAAGUAAAAAAGCAAGAAGCCAUUCCAUUCGCAAUCCAGCCAGCAACAGCGGUGUGCGCGUUAACAGUGUGGCGCCAGUCGAUCGAUCGCUAGCUACGGAGACUGCCGCGGCGUACUCGUCUCACCCAGGGUUUCGCCCACAAGAGCCUGCAGGAUACUGGAACUCGAUCUCGUCCAGUUGCUGAAAGCGUUUGCAGCGUCGUAAGGUGCACGGCUUCUCUAGGAGUGCGAUGGCUGGCGUGAUCAUUCGUCGCAUCGGUGGCUCGCCCAACGCACGGCGCUACUUGUUCGGCACUUUGCCAUUCCGUCAGCGGGUGGCCUGUGAUUCGGAGUGGCAGCUAGUGCGACGCAGCGCACCGCUGCACACUAGCGCCUUCCUCGAGCGACUAGUGUCCUUCCAUCUUUCCGACAUUGGCGAGGGAAUUCGCGAAGUGACGGUGAAGGAGUGGUACGUCAAGGUAGGCGACGUGGUAGAGCAGUUCGACAAUCUUUGCGAGGUGCAGAGCGAUAAGGCAUCGGUUACCAUCACCAGCCGGUACGAUGGCAAGAUCGCCAAGCUCCAUCAUGAUGUUGAUAGUAUCGCGCUCGUUGGCAAACCACUGCUCGAUUUCGAGGUGGAAAACGACGACGACGAUAGUGGAAGCAGCAGCAGCAGCAGCUCGGAUGACGAACCAGAAUCCCCAAAGGAUGUAAAUUCGGCAACGACGCUACCCGGGCAACUGGCUACCGGCAAGGUGCUUGCAACACCGGCUGUCCGAAGGAUCGCUAUGGAGCACAAAGUUGAUUUGGGCAAGGUUCGUGCUUCUGGGCGUAAUGGGCGCGUGCUAAAAGGAGACGUGCUCGAGUAUUUGCAACUCAUCCCCCAAGGGACCGUGAAGCCCCAUCCCACGGUGGAGACCCCAUUACGUUCGGGAGCAGCAGCAGCAGCAGCAGCAGCAGCAUCAGUAGCCGCUUCCGUUUCCAAAACAUCUCCAGCGUUCGUCGAUCUGAAGGAUGCCCAUACGGUUGUGCCUUUGAAAGGCAUAGCCAAGGCUAUGGUGAAAUCGAUGACCGAAGCGCUGAAAAUCCCCCAUUUUGCAUACUGCGACGAGAUCGACGUUACCAGACUGGUGUCGGUGCGUGACCAGCUAAAGGAGGAAGCCGCCCGCCGGGGAGUCAAGCUUACGUAUAUGCCUUUCUUCUUGAAGGCGGCAUCGGCCGCGCUGCGUGAAUUCCCGAUUCUGAAUAGCUCGUACGACGAGUCGGCCGAAAGUGUUAUCUACAAGGCGUACCACAACAUCAGUGUUGCAAUGCAAACGCCUAACGGUCUGGUGGUGCCAAACGUGAAGAAUGUGCAACAAAAGUCGAUCAUGCAGAUUGCGGCUGAUAUGAACGCGCUACAGGAUCGCGGUACGCGCGGGGCAUUAACGCCGGACGAUUUCGCCAACGGAACGUUCGCCCUCUCGAAUAUCGGCAUCAUUGGCGGAACUUAUACGCAUCCGGUUGUGAUCUCGCCCCAGGUAGCGAUCGGUGGUCUGGGAAAGACGCGCGUGCUACCCCGUUUCGAUGCGGCCGGCAAUGUGACGGCGGCGCACAUCAUGGUAGUUAGCUGGACAGCGGACCAUCGCAUCAUCGACGGCGUUACGAUGGCGAGUUUCUCGAACCUUUGGAAACAGUAUCUAGAGAACCCGAACAUGCUACUCCUUGCUGCCUAGCAGCAUAAUCCAUUCAGCGCGUAGAUCAGUAUGACGAUCACGCCGUAUUCAAUCGCAUUCCAACCAACGUGCCGAUAUUGCAUUUACUAGUCUGUAAGACAAGAGAUACCUAGAUGGCCUUGCUUAGAUAUCUAGGAAGGUCAACAACGUGUAUCGAGCACUGCUCGCGUCUAAA